GGUCCGGCCUCGACCCGAGGCCGCUGGGGCUCAGCGGGCGCCGCCAGCGGGUGCAUGUUGGGGCGUGCGUUCCGGAGGCGCUGCCCACGGGGGCUGCGGCGCGGCCGGGAGGCGCUGCUAGCGCUGCUGGCGCUGGCUGGGCUGGGCGCGGUGCUGCGGGCUCGAAGUGGGUCUGGGACGGUGGAGACGCGGGCCGGGACGGUGGACUCGGUGCCCCCGCGCACUCCUCGCCCUGGGCGUCGCGGGCCGGUGCUGGCCAGGCCGCCCCUGGCCGCCGAUGCGCUGGGCGCGCAGGGGGAGGCGGUGCGGCUGCAGCUGCAGGGUGAGGAGCUGCGGCUGCAAGAGGAGAGCGUGCAGCUGCACCAGAUCAACAUCUACCUGAGCGACCGCAUCUCGCUGCACCGACGCCUGCCUGAACGCUGGAACCCUCUGUGCAGAGAGGAGAAAUAUGAUUAUGAGAAUUUACCCAAGACGUCUGUUGUCAUAGCCUUUUAUAAUGAAGCCUGGUCAACUCUCCUUCGGACAGUUUACAGUGUCCUUGAGACCUCUCCUGACAUCCUGCUGGAAGAGGUCAUUCUGGUUGAUGAUUACAGUGACAGAGAGCACCUGAAGGAGCGCUUGGCCAAUGAGCUGUCCCAGCUGCCCAAGGUGCGCCUGAUCCGUGCCAGCAAGAGAGAGGGUCUAGUGCGAGCCCGGCUGCUGGGAGCCUCUGUGGCCAAGGGUGAAGUGCUGACCUUCCUAGACUGUCAUUGUGAAUGCCAUGAGGGGUGGCUGGAGCCUUUGCUGCGGAGGAUCCACGAGAAGGAGUCGGCAGUGGUGUGCCCCGUGAUCGAUGUGAUUGACUGGAACACCUUCGAGUAUCUGGGCAACGCUGGAGAGCCCCAGAUUGGAGGCUUUGACUGGCGACUGGUAUUCACGUGGCACGUGGUUCCCCAGCGGGAGCGGGAGUCGAUGCGGUCCCCGAUUGAUGUUAUCAGGUCUCCAACAAUGGCCGGGGGCCUGUUUGCUGUGAGUAAGAGAUAUUUUGAAUAUCUGGGGUCUUACGAUACAGGAAUGGAAGUCUGGGGCGGAGAAAACCUGGAGUUCUCCUUUAGGAUCUGGCAGUGUGGUGGCACUCUGGAAACACACCCCUGCUCGCACGUAGGCCAUGUUUUUCCUAAGCAAGCUCCCUAUUCGCGCAGCAAGGCCCUGGCCAACAGUGUCCGAGCUGCUGAAGUGUGGAUGGAUGAGUUUAAAGAACUCUAUUAUCACCGCAAUACCCGGGCCCGCCUGGAACCCUUUGGGGACGUGACGGAGAGGAGGAAGCUUCGGGCCAAGCUCCAGUGUAAAGACUUCCGGUGGUUCCUGGAGACAGUGUACCCAGAACUGCACGUGCCAGAGGACAGGCCUGGGUUCUUCGGGAUGCUCCAGAACAAAGGUCUCAGAGGGUACUGCUUUGACUAUAACCCUCCUAAUGAAAACCAGAUCGACGGCUCCCAGGUCCUUUUGUACCUCUGCCACGGGUUGGGGCAGAACCAGUUUUUCGAGUAUACAUCCCAGAAAGAAAUACGCUACAACACCCGCCAGCCUGAGGCCUGCAUAGCUGUGGAGGAAGGGAAGGAUGUCCUUAUCAUGCAUCUCUGCCAAGACACCGUCCCAGAGAAUCAGGAGUUCAUCCUACAUGAGGACGGCACUUUAGUUCACAAACAGACCGGGAAAUGCGUCGAAGCCACAAAGAAGGACUCUGGCCACGGCUUUGUACCACUCUUGCGGGACUGCACCAACUCAGAUAAACAGAAAUGGGUCUUCAAGGAACACGUGUCAUAGUGUAUCAGCUCGUCAAGGAAGAAGCCCAUCAUGGCCAUGGACUCUGUACCCAUGAGAUGGAUGAAUUUCAUGGUUGCCAUUUGUGAAUGUGUUGGAUUUCACAAGAAUGUGAAUAAGUUUUGUACAGAUUUUGAAAACGUUUCCCAGUACCCUGUUUUCUAAGGGCAAUCCUACCUUUGGUAUUUGGAAAGGCUGAUAAGGAUUUUUUUUUUCCCUAUCAAGAUAUGCAUUUAACAAUGGUGCCUUUUAUUCUCACUAGCAAGAAGGAACAUAUUUUAUUUUGGUACUUACAAGGAUCCCUGGGUAUGUGUACUUUGCACAAACUGAUAAUACCUCAAAUGUCGAGUUAAGAGUUUUUGCAGUGGGAUGAGAUGGACACUAGAAACAUGGUGUUGAUUUCUUUGGUGUGAGUUAGAUGAGAUGGUCUAGAUUUAUGUAAUAAAGAGUGCUUUU